CUCACCUCCCGCCCCGACGCCAGGGUGAGGGGCUCGGGCAGGGUCUGCAGGGGCUGGGGGCGAGCCCCACGGGACACCGGCUGCCAAAAACCCCCGUCCCCUUGCCCGGAGCCCUGCCGCAGCGCUGGGCACGUCCAGCCCGGCCGGGUGGGUUAAUGAGUGACCGCGCAGCCGCCCAGCACCAACCCAGCACCCUGGCACCUGCCCGGUGCCGGGGCCCAGCCGGGUGCCCACCGGCAGCACCGAGGCCCCCGGGAAAGCCCCGGUGCGGCGAGGCGCGGGCAGCAGCCGGGAGCACCGAGCGCGAGCUUGGGAUUUGCAUGUUGGUGAUUAAGGCAAUGAGGCAAUCGGCACUGUUGCCACAUCGGUGUGAAUCCCCGGAGCCGUCUAUAAAAUGCCCUAAUCGAUGAGGCCGCGCAGAGCCGGGGCAGGAGCGAGCUGUGCUGGGCCGGGCUGUGCUCGCAGACAGGAGGAGACACCGAGCCGCGCACCAUGUGCUCCCUCACCCGCGUGCUGGUGCUGGUGCUGAGCGCGCUGCUGGGCGCGCCGUGGCGGGCGCUGCAUGGGGCGCCGCUGGCCGAGCUGUCGGGGGACCAGGACUUCCAGCUCUUCCUGCACAAGAACCUCGAGUUCACCCGCAAGAUCAAGGGGGAUGUGGCCGCGCUGCAGCGCGUGGUGUGCGACACCUUCCAGCUGUGCAAGGAGGAAGAGCUGCUGCUGGUGCAGCAGGACCUGCGCAUCACGCAGGUGGCCCUGGAGCAGUGCCACCGCCCCAGCUUCCAGGCGGAGGCUUGCUUCAGCCAGAUCCGCGACGGGCUCCACGCCUACCACAGCUCCCUCGCCGCUGUCCUGGAGCUGCUGCCCUCGCACGCCGGCCUGGUGGAGACGCUGCAGCUGGACGCGGCCAACCUCUCCUCCAACAUCCAGCAGCAGAUGGAGGACCUGGGCCUGGACACGGUGACGUUCCCCGCCGAGGGCCGUGACCCCCUUCCCGCCUUCUCCUCCCGCUUCCAGCACCAGGUCGGCGGCUUCCUCAUCCUGGCCAACUUCCAGCGGUUCCUGGAGACGGCGUACCGGGCGCUGCGGCACCUCGCCCGCCUCUGACGCCCGGCCCCGCGCCGCCCCGCGCUAUUUAUUCCCCAGCCCCAGCGACCUUCCCCGCUUAUUUAAUAUUUAUCGCUAUUUAAUAUUUAUCCGGCCGGGGAGGCUCCCCCUCGCCCUUCGGUCCCCAGGCAGGGCAGCCAGCCCUGCGGUGGCGGCCGCGCACGGGCGUCUGUGCGCAGCAUCGCCCUUGUUUAAUAUUUAAACAAAAGAGUAUCUCUGCUAGGAGUUUCGGGAGCCGGGCCGAGCCUUGGCUCCUGCACCGGGAGCUGCGGUGACCCCGCGGCGUCCCGCUGAGCCCAGGGGAAUCCGCCUUCGUCCGCAGCUGGAGACGCUCCGGAGCAGCAGCUCCCUGCCCAGGCUGCAGCCGGCGGGGACGGAGCGGACGGGUGGUAUUCCUGUUAG